AUGUUCACAAGUCCCAGUGUUACUACUGGCAGUGCUGAUGCCACUACAAAUGCAGCAGUGGCAACAACAACAACAACAACAACAACAACAACAACAACAACAACAACAACAACAACAAUAACAACAACAACAACAACAACAACAACAACAACAGCAAUAGUGGCAGUAGUAGCAGCGACAACAAUAGCAGCAGCAGCAGCACUAGCAGCUGUUGCACCAGCUGUACUAGCCAUCACUACUACAGCAGUAAUAACAGCAACAGCACUAGCAGCACUAGUAGCACCAGCACUAGUACUAGCAGCACUAGCAGUGCCAGCUGCCUCAGUUUCAAGUGCUUCUUCAUCAAAGGCUCCUAGCCAGAAAAAGGGCAGUGGUAAUGGUAUGUUGUACAUAGGGAAGCAGCUUGUCACAAGGAAUAUAUGUGCAUGGCAAUGGAAAAAACAAUUUCUAAAAGGAACGACUAACAAAUUUAAUGUUUACUGGUCCAGUCUCUCUCCAGAUGAACUUACAGUAUAUGACCAUCUCAAGCAAGAACAGAAAAUGAAUAUUGUACAGUUGUGA